AUGGAUGAUAUGCAAGAUUUACCAUUCGGUGAACAGAAUGUUCAGAGAAAUGUGGUAAAGGGAUUAGAUCCGGGAUUAGAUCCUGUUGAUUUGGAAGAAAGUGUUCGUGAUACCGCUCAUAAUAUAGAAACAACUGCCGAUGUGAAUUUAAGCUUAGUAGAAGCGCAGAAAUCAGGUACUGUAAGUAGAUUAAUAGAAGCGGAGCGUUCAGCAAGAGAAGAUGAGCGAGAAGCGGAAAGUUCAGCGAGGGAAGCUGAACGUUCUGCUAGAGAAACAGAGCGUUUCGCUAAAUUGGAGAAAAGUAUUGCAUCCAAAGAAGCGGAACGUUCAGCGAGAGAAGCUGAGCGUUCUGCUAGAGACGCAGAGCGUUUCGCCAAAUUGGAAGAAAGUAUUUCUGCUAGAGAAGCAGAGCGUUUUGCCCAAUUAGAAGAUAAUAUUUUAAAAGAAAAUAAAAAAGUAGCCGAUAAAUUGGAUAACUUAGACUCAGAUUUUAAGAAAAGAUUUGAAAAGUCGAAGAUGACGUACAAGAGAUUACUGAAAGGUACGAUACCUUGA